GUAAAAUCUACAAAAAAAAUAAAAAUCAAAGGGGGUGGUCUUAACGGUACAGGUCAGAAGUCCCACGUGCACUUGGGGGAGAUCUCGACGACGCCUUUCUCUUUCUCUUACAAACUCUCUCAUCUCACUCACAAACAAGUAAAAGCUCAGUUUCUCCUUCAUUACACACAGUAACAGAGAAACGAGAGAGGACUCGACACUUUGGUUUUUUUCAUCGUCUUUGUUUAAUCUUCUUGUAAUGGUUAACCUCAAAGAUCAAGACAUGGGAGAAGGUAUACAAUGCAUAACACAUCCUUACACAAAGAACCCUGGUGGUAUCUGUCCCUUAUGUCUCCAAGAAAAGCUCGGUAAGCUCGUCACUUCCUCUUUCCCUCUCCCUAAACCAAACCACCUCUCUUAUCCUAAAUCCUCCUCUCCUUCUUCCACCACCUCUCUUGCUCUAUCUCUCUCAUCCGGAAGCAACGUAAGAGAUAGCAAUAACAACAACAACAACCUCCCGUUUCUUCUUGCCAAGAAGAAGAGUAUGCUCGCAGCUUCUUCACCCUCUUCAGCUAAUCUUAUCUACAAGAGAAGCAAGUCAACGGCUGCUGCUUACGGUGAGGGUUUCAACCAGAGGAAAAGAAGUGGGUUCUGGUCCUUUCUUCAUCUCUACUCUUCCAAACACCAAACCACCAAAAAAGUUAGCCAUUCUUCUAAGCCAAGAAACCAGAUAACAGCAGAGACACCCAAGAGGGUUGUUGGUGGAGGGGGCAUUGAUGUGAUAGCGGAGGAAGAAGAUGAGAGUACUAACAACAAAGUUGUUGUAGAAACGCCAACAAACAGUGUUGGCAGUGGUGGAGGUGGUGGAUCUUCUUUUGGGAGGAAAGUGUUGAGGUCUAGAUCUGUAGGGUGUGGAAGCAGAAGCUUCUCUGGAGACUUCUUCGAGAGGAUCUCUAAUGGGUUUGGAGAUUGCGCACUGAGAAGGAUUGAGUCACAGAGAGAAUCCACAAAGGUUAUUAGUAAUGGUGGUGGUGGUGGUGAAGCAGCUGAUGAUGCCAUGAGUGAAAUGGUUAAAUGUGGUGGUAUCUUUGGUGGGUUUAUGAUUAUGACAUCAUCAGCAUCAGCAACCGUUAAUCAUCAUAAGAUGGGGAAUAGAAGCUGGGGAUGGGCUUUUGCUAGUCCAAUGAGAGCCAAGACUACUAAUCAUAGAGGUCGUACCAUUACAGAGUCUUCAACUACUGACAAGAACACAUCUCCAAACUUGGACUCAAUUCCUUCCUUGGUUGCUAUGAAAAGCUAAAAGAGAUAAAUUAUAAAGUACUUUUAAUCUCUACAUAAUUUCAUAUUUCAUUCAUGUGUUUAGUUAGGAUGUUCUUUUGUUAUUUGGACAUUGGUUUGAUCUUUUUAGUACAACCAGUAAUGUAAUGUCACACUAUUUUCUAUUUCAUGCUAUGUUCAUCUU